CAUGCGAAUAUAUCCAUAUUUUCAAGAUACUGGCGCAUUUUUCAUUGCGGUAUUUCAAAAAACAGGUCCAAUAACUGACAUCAGUUCUAUAGAUAGUUUAACAUCAAAUAAGAACACAUGUGAAACCGAAGAUGUAUCGACAGUCGAAGUUAAUGAUGAUAUACAAAAUUCUUAUGAAGAAAUCUACAUGUCUAAUGAGCCCGAUACAAUAGCUGUCGAUGACUCAUCAAUUAAUGAUGACAUACUAAACUCUUAUGAAGAAGAGCCUGAUGCAACAGCUGUUGAUGACUCAUCGAUUAAUGCUGCUGUCGAUAAUUUCGUUGUAGUUCCUAUAAAAAGGCAUAAGCUUGACGCACAAGCAUACAACUUCGUUUUAAAUCAGCAUCAUUUGCAAUGA